AAGUUAAUUCAGUUCAUUCAAUUAAUUCACUCAUUCGGCAACUUUGUUACCGGGUGUUGACGUAAACUUUUAACUUUUAUAUUUAAUAGUUUUUUAGUUAAAGUACGCAGCAUAAAUAAUUUUAAUCAUGUCGGUAGCAGUAAAAGGUAUUUUUAUCGUCGGUGCUAAACGCACCCCGUUCGGUACGUUCGGCGGUGUGUUUCGAAACACGACCGCGACGGAGUUGCAGAGCAUUGCGGCUACAGCGGCUCUUAAGGAGGCUGGAGUCGCUCCAGACCAGAUCGAUUCCGUGAUUGUCGGUCAAGUUAUGUCGGCUUCUCAAACUGAUGGCAUUUACACACCACGACACGCAGCGCUCAAAGCAGGGAUCCCUCAAGACAAGCCAGCGUUGGGCGUGAACAGGCUGUGUGGGUCUGGUUUCCAGUCCGUGGUGAACAGUGCACAGGACAUACUGACCGGCGCGGCGAGGAUCUCGCUGGCGGGCGGCGUGGAGAACAUGUCGCAGGCGCCGUUCGCCGUGCGCGGCGUGCGCUUCGGCACCGCGCUGGGCGCCUCGCACGCCUUCGAGGACACGCUGUGGGCCGGCCUCACCGACUCCUACUGCGGCCUGCCCAUGGGCAUGACCGCCGAGAAGCUGGGCGGCCAGUUCGGGAUCACCCGCGACGAGGUCGACAACUUCGCGCUCCGCUCGCAGCAGAGGUGGAAAGCGGCCUGCGACGCUGGUGUCUUCAAGGGCGAAAUCGAACCUGUCACUUUAACCAUUAAGAAGAAGCAAGUGAAAGUGGAAGUUGAUGAGCAUCCUCGUCCUCAGACAACACUCGAGGGUCUAAAGAAGCUGCCCCCUGUUUUCAAAAAGGAAGGUCUUGUAACUGCUGGUACAGCAUCGGGUAUAAGCGACGGUGCUGGGGCCCUGGUUAUCGCUAGCGAGGAAGCCGCGAAGAACUUGAAGCCGCUCGCCAGGCUCGUGGGCUGGUCCUAUGUCGGAGUGGACCCUAGCAUCAUGGGCGUCGGACCGGUUCCCGCAAUUGAGAAUCUUCUCAAAGCCACUAAGCUGACUCUUAACGACGUAGACUUAAUCGAGAUCAACGAGGCGUUCGCGGCGCAGACGCUCUCGUGCGCGAAGGCGCUGAAGCUGGACAUGGAGAAGCUCAACGUGAACGGCGGAGCCAUCGCCCUCGGACACCCGCUCGCCGCCUCGGGCAGCCGCAUCACGGCGCACCUCGUGCACGAGCUCAGACGGCGCGGCCUGAAGCGAGGUAUCGGCUCCGCGUGCAUCGGUGGCGGACAGGGCAUCGCAGUUAUGGUUGAAGUAGUCUAACAUAUUACUCAAAGACCAUUACCUGUCCAUUCAUUGUUCCUCUAAAGGUCUUAGGAAGUUAUCUCUAUCAAAUAGGAUAGCUCCUAUCGUAUUGUUAAUUUCGUAAGCCUAUAAUAGCUAGUGUUGUAACAAAUUACAACACUGACAAUGUGCAAUAAGCAUAAUCUUAAUGGUGCCUUUCUAUUGAAAUAGUUAUCUCAAUGUUAUGCUUGCAAUUGCUUGUCAACAGCAUGGUUUAAUGAAAUAUGUUUCCAAUUUUUCUCUCCGUUGAAAUGCACUUAAAAUUAUCAUUUAAACCGAACUAAUAGAUUAAGACUGUAUGUAGUUACAAAUGUACAUAUCUGUCUUGUAUUUUGUUGAAGUCAGCUAUGUCAAAUAUUUAUCAGUUUGAUUGAUUUAACAUUUUUUUAAUGAUGUUAGUUUAUACUCAAUACUUUUUAUAAUUUGCUUCAUGUGUGUGUCAAAUAAAUACUUAUAUCUGAUGAAAGUAAGACGGGACCACCUUGGAAUUAUACAGAAUA